UGAAGUUUGACGAUUUUCAUUCAUGAAUUACAGCCACUUCGUUUCGAUGCAAUCGGGACUGAGCUAGACUUUAGACGUGAUUAAUUCAUAGCAGAUAUAACGUUAGUACACUUGCGUUGUAAAAAGCAAUUACGUAAACGCAGGCAUCUUUUUCUUUCAGGUUGUAUAUACUUAACGUGGUUUUUAUAAUUCUCCUUGAUUGUACGUACGUAAAGGUGUAUGCGGUAGAAAUAAAAUUUUUCACAACUUGAGAAAAAAGAUAAAAAAAAUUUCAAGGGUCAGUUGAGAAUUAUCUAACCGUGUUUUAUUUCGCAACUUUUUCUCUUUAUCAUUGAAUCCACACGUUGGAUAUCCGUAGAGAUUCCAAAUUGAAUAUUUAAUAUUAAAAUUCAUAUUUGCGCAAAAGGAUUAAAGGAUAUAACGGGCAAACAUUGAACCCUCAUAAACCGACUUUUGCAUAUUGACACACGCAAUUACUCUUCGUAUCCUAAUCAAAAGUUUAAACAAAGCGAAUUGAAUCGCGCAGUGAUAAUAAUUAAAAAUUUCGGACGGGUAGCCUCGGUGAUCCAGAAAUUUCAACUCACCGCGAUCCGCGGUGGUCACGAUGAAUCGACGCGUGAUAAAACAAGGAAAUUAUUCUAAAAAUAACGCGUCUAUCUCGUCAUCUUGAUGUCCCAGGGAUUCGAGAGAUAGGAGGAUAAAAAGAAGAAGAGAGAGAAAAUACAAAGCUACGCGCGACGAGAUUAUGUGCAAAACCCGCGAAAUCGGAAGACCGGAAGUUAAUACCGGAGAUAUCCUACACAUUAGCUCGAACCUCAUAGAGACGGUCGCCCCGAGCGGUGUGGCUUCCAGACUCUGAGUACCAAGUGAAGCGGCUCCGGAGAGAGAAAAUUUACUUUAGCGUUCCGGUGGAGUCGCAAUGUUACCGUCCAAGGUUUCAGUCAGUGCUCGACUCCCGUCGGAGACGGAGUGCGCUAUCGUUCUCUAAAAAAGAGUGUGGCCCAAGAGGCGGAGGAUCACGUCUCAUCCGUACAAGAUCCGGGUCCUUAUCGAGGAUCGUUCAAAUCCAGCAACGACAUGCCUGUCUCUAGCACGCGGUCGCUGGUGCUUCUAAUAUUUAUACUAGCGUCACACGUCACGGAUACGCUAGCCAGACACCACCACAUAAAAUUGAGACACGAAAGGCACAGGAGACAGCAUGGGGAGAGUUACCUGCCAUCAAGCUUCGUCUUGGACACUGAUGAGGAGGAAAGAGGUAACUGGGGACCCUGGUCUAUACCCAGCUCCUGUUCACGUUCCUGCGGUGGCGGAGUGGCGCACCAAACAAGACGCUGUCACGACAUAGACGACGAUGGAGUCGAAAGAUGUUCGGGUUCGAAAAAGAGAUUCUUCUCCUGCAACGUACAGGAAUGUCCAGAUCCUGAACGGGACUUCAGGGCAGAACAGUGCGCAGAGUUCAAUAAUGUUCCUAUAGAAGGUGUCUACUACGAUUGGAUUCCGUACACCGGUGCUCCGAACAAAUGUGAAUUGAACUGUAUGCCGCGUGGGGAGAGAUUCUUUUACCGUCACAAAUUGAGCGUCACAGACGGAACUCCUUGUACAAACGAACAAAACGACGUUUGCGUCGAGGGUAAAUGCAGGCCCGUUGGAUGCGACAUGAUGCUCGGUAGUGGUGCUAAAGAAGAUCGAUGCCGAGAGUGCGGCGGAGACGGAUCAGCUUGUGAUACGGUUCAAGGACUGUUGGACAUGAACGACCUUCAAGUCGGUUACAAUGAUAUUUUGCUGAUACCUGCGGGCGCUACGAAUAUCGCAAUCGCCGAAGUUCGUCCUUCUAACAAUUAUUUGGCCAUCAGAAAUCAAACCGGACAUUAUUACCUGAACGGAAAUUGGAGGAUAGAUUUUCCCAGGAGUUUGAAAUUCGUGGGGUCAGUUUUUUACUACGAAAGAAAACCCAAAGAAUUUCUCGCCGCAGAUAUGAUUAGCGCGUUAGGACCGACGACAGAAGCACUCUACAUCGUGCUGCUGUAUCAAGACAAAAACGUCGGCGUUAAGUACGAGUACAGUAUACCGAAAAAAUUUUCGCAAAAAGCGGAUCCCGACAGUUAUACUUGGGUUACGGAAGAAUAUUCGGAAUGCAGUGUGACUUGCGGGGGAGGAAUCCAAUCGAGACUCGUGAGAUGCGUAAGACGACGCGAUACGGAAGAAGCGGAUCCAAAUCUUUGCGACCAACAGCUAGAACCGGACAGUACGCAAGCUUGUGCCGAGGAGCCUUGCCCCCCCGAAUGGGUAAUUGGAAACUGGGGACCUUGCAGCGAAGGGUGCAAACCGGGUGGCGAACAAACGCGAGAGAUAAAAUGCCAACGAGUUAUCUCAGGCGAUAUACCGUCACUGGUCGACGACCAUACCUGCUUGGAAUUAAUCGGACCGAAAGAUAUUGAAAUUCAAGAGUGCAACAAAGACGUCGAAUGCCCGAAUUGGCACAUCGGCCCAUGGAAACCGUGCGAUCAUCUUUGCGGCGAAGGUAAGCAAACGCGAAAAAUAACAUGCUACAAAAAAGUAGAAGGAAAAGUGUUCGCCCUGCCCGACUCUGCGUGUCACGAAGAGCGACCGGAAAGUGAAAAAGACUGCGAAUUGAGACCGUGCGCAGGGGUUGAUUGGGUUGUAUCGAAAUGGAGCGGGUGCGACGAUAACUGCGGGCUGAAUCUCGAAACGAGAACGACGAGUUGCGUAACACUGGAGGGUAAAGUUUACCCGGAUGACAAGUGCAACGCUGAAACGAAGCCAAAAUUGAUGAGAGAAUGUGCCGCCCCGGAUAAAUGCGAGUACCAAUGGUUUGCCACGCAGUGGAGCGAGUGUUCUGCCAAGUGCGGUAGCGGAAUCCAGACUCGCAAUGUAUUCUGUGCAAAUAUAUCACCCGAUCUCGGUACCAUCACGAAAGUUGAAUCCGGCAAAUGCGACCCAGAAAAAAAAUACAACGACACCAAGGACUGCGUUGCCGAGGUCGAAGAAUGCGGAGGUGAAUGGUUCGCGGGUCCUUGGAGCGAGUGUUCCAAGCCGUGCGGCGGAGGUGAUAAGACUAGAAAGGUGAUAUGUAUGAAGGGUGGUCGGGUAGUUCCAAUUAAGGGCAAUUGUGAACAGCACAACAUAAUGUUCUCGAGUGAAGUUUGCAAUGAGAAGGCUUGCGAAGAUGAUGAAGUGUUACCGGUCGAACCGGACAAAAUCAGCUCCCUCGGCGAAGGUGACGAAGAAGAGUGCGAGGAUUAUGAAGACGAUGAACUCGUAAUUGUCGGCCCAGAUCAACCUCUAGUGGAUGGCGACGACACAUCACCUUUUGGCUCUUCUUCGGGAGAUGGGGAGGACGAACAAAUGAUGGGUGACGAUCCGCGGGUACAAGAUGAACUGUCCUUGUCCGCCCCUCUUGAUGACGACGAAGACGAUUACGGCGGUGAGUCGGGCAGCGGGGACGACACCGACUUUUUCACCGAUAGCACGACAGACGAUUACUUCUCAACUUUCGAAGGAAGUGGUUCCACUAUAACGACAGACUGGGACGAUACAGACAGCACUAUAACUUCCUCAGGCUCUACGCAAUCUGCAAAUACUGAAACUACCUCCAAGAAUACGGGUGCCACCGAGCCUCCUGCUUCCCCCACGAAAUUCAAGGACAUUUUUGAUGACUUCUUCCCCGAGGUGGACACACCCAAGAAAUCCUGGAAACAAUCAGGUGGUAGCGUCGCUACAACAAAAUCCAGCUCCACGACUGACUCCACAAUUUCAUCUGACUCCGAUUCAUCUCCUUCGUCGUCUACGGGUGAGACCGACGAAACUUCUGAAUCAAUUUCUACAUCCAGCUCCGAAUCAACAUCGGAAUCUACAGCAAGCUCAGAUUCAUCCAGCUCAGAUACGGCCACGGAAACAACCGCAUCAUCCGGUUUGGAAUCAGACGAAACAUCUUCCAGUUCAGAUACAACUUUAUCAUCGGCUAAUCCAGAGGCGACGGAGACUGGCACGACCGAAUCAUCUAGUUUCGAGACGACAGUAUCACCUAGUUCAGAUUCGACAGAAUCAGAAUCGACGAAGUUAUCGGAAACAGAAGAAACUGGAUCCUCGAGCUCAGACACAACGGUUCAAUCAAGUUCGGAAGCUACUCAAUCAUCCGAAAUAACGGGAUCAACAAGUUCAGACACAACUGAAUCCACCGGUUCAGAGACGACGUUAUUGUCUGGAUCAGAAUCAACCGAAUCAUCUAGUUUCGAGACUACGGUAUCAUCUUCCUCGGAUACGACUAUCUCCGGAACUUCUGGAUCAACGGAAUCGUCUACUUCGGAUUCGACGGGAUCAUCCAUAUCGGAGACAGAAGUCUCCGGAACUUCUGGAUCAACGGAAUCAUCUACUUCAGAGUCAACGGAAUCAUCUACUUCAGAGUCAACGGGAUCGUCUGUAUCGGAAACUGAAGUUUCUGGAAGUUCUGGACCGACAGAAUCAUCCACUUCGGAAUCAACGGGAUCGUCCGUAUCGGAAACUGAAGUUUCUGGAAGUUCUGGAACAACGGAAUCAUCUACUUCAGAGUCAACGGGAUCAUCCAUAUCGGAGACAGAAGUCUCUGGAACUUCUGGAUCAACGGAAUCAUCUACUUCGGAUUCAACGGGAUCAUCCAUAUCGGAGACAGAAGUCUCUGGAACUUCUGGAUCAACGGAAUCAUCCACUUCGGAAUCAACGGGAUCGUCCGUAUCGGAAACUGAAGUUUCUGGAAGUUCUGGAACAACGGAAUCAUCUACUUCAGAGUCAACGGGAUCAUCCAUAUCGGAGACAGAAGUCUCUGGAACUUCUGGAUCAACGGAAUCGUCUACUUCGGAUUCGACGGGAUCAUCCAUAUCGGAGACAGAAGUCUCCGGAACUUCUGGAUCGACGGAAUCAUCUACUUCAGAGUCAACAGGAUCGUCUGUAUCGGAAACUGAAGUUUCUGGAAGUUCUGGACCGACAGAAUCAUCAACUUCGGAUUCAACGGGAUCAACCAUAUCGGAGACAGAAGUCUCCGGAACUUCUGGAUCAACGGAAUCAUCUACUUCGGAAUCAACGGGUUCGUCCAUAUCGGAAACUGAAGUUUCUGGAAGUUCUGGACCAACGGAAUCGUCCACUUCGGAAUCAACGGGAUCGUCCAUAUCGGAAACUGAAGUUUCUGGAACUUCUGGAUCAACGGAAUCACCCGGUAGUACGGAAUCAACGGUUUCUGGUAGUCCCUCUGGAAGUACGGAGACGACGGAAUUAUCGAGUUCUGAGUCGACGGUUUCUGGAAGUUCGGAGACCACGGAAUCGUCCGGUAGUACAGAAACAACUGUUUUCUCUAGUACAGAAUCGACGGUAUUCUCUGAGACAGAAACUACAGAAUCAACUGAAUCGUCAUCGAGCUCUGAAACGACCCUAUCAGGAUCAUCGUCCGAAUCGAGUGAAACAACGGGAUCUGAUACGAGUACCGACACUACAGUAUCAGGGGAUGUUGGAGCUUCGGAAUCAUCUACCGAACCCACAGAAUUCACGGAAUCAACGGAAACCACUUUCUCCGGUGAAACGGAACUCACAACAGAUAGCGGAUUCACAAGUGAGGGUACCUGGGAGACGACCGAAUCAGGACUCACCAGCGAAACAGACGAAGAAAUUGAUACGACAGGGCAAUCACACAUUACCGAUCUAUUUACGACCCUCAGUCCCAUCGACCAAGCAAUCACAAAAGAACACAAACGCAGAAAAUGUAAAGCUCGCAAACACAAGAAAACUUGUAGAACUUCACAAUUCGGCUGCUGUUACGAUGGUAUCAAGGCAGCAACGGGACCAUUUGGAAAGGGUUGUCCCAUUCCCGAAACGUGUAAAGAAACAGAAUACGGUUGUUGUCCCGACGAAGUAUCUCCGGCUGCCGGUCCUAACAACAAGGGUUGCCCAGAUUCUCACUGCGAUGAAACUCUAUUCGGUUGUUGCCCCGAUAACAUCACCCCUGCCGAAGGCAACGAUUUCGAAGGAUGCCCCCGAGCGUGUAAUGAAACCGAAUUUGGUUGCUGUCCCGACGACAAAACUCCAGCCGCAGGACAGGAUUAUUUGGGUUGUUGCAACACUACUGAACACGGUUGUUGUCCUGAUGGAAUUACAGCAGCAUCUGGUCCACACGAAGAAGGUUGCGAAGUGGAAACUACAUCGCCUAUGACAAGUACGACAACUGAAGAAAUUACAACCGAGAUUUCUACCAGUACCACUGUAGAAGAGGGAUGCGCGAGUACAGAAUUUGGUUGCUGCCCCGAGGGCAAAGAACCAGCAAGUGGCACCGACUUCGCAGGAUGCAAAGAGAUCAACAGGGAGAACUGCACAGAAUCUUAUUACGGAUGCUGCCCGGAUCAGACCUCUCCCGCUCUCGGCGAGAACAAUAAGGGCUGUCGCAUGCCUUGCGAGAGCAGCACAUUCGGUUGUUGCACAGACGGUGUAACACCCGCCCAUGGACCAUAUUACGACGGAUGUUGUUUGUCCACUCCCUACGGUUGCUGUCCAGAUAACAUACGUUUCGCGCAAGGUCCCAACUUAUACGGAUGCGGUUGCGAAUACUCCGGCUACGGUUGCUGCCCCGACAAUAUUACUACUGCGCUAGGUCCCAACAACGAGGGAUGCCGAUGCGAACAUACAACUCACGGCUGUUGUCCAAACCGAAUCAACGCCGCUAGUGGACCAGAUUUCGAAGGAUGCGCGUGUCACACUUAUCAAUUCGGUUGUUGCCCCGACGGAAUUUCCGUUGCAAAGGGUCCUCAAGGGCUAGGUUGCGGUUGUGAAAGUACAGAAUUCAGGUGCUGUUCCGACGGCAAAACACCUGCAAAGGGUCCUAACUACGCCGGUUGUACUUGCGACGCAUCUAAAUACGGUUGCUGCCCAGACGGUGUGGAAGAAGCGCAAGGAGAAAAUUUCGAAGGAUGUCGCACGGUGCCAUUGGCUCCUGGUGCCGCUUGCACAUUGGAAAAGGAUCGCGGUACAUGUUGGGAUCUAACUGUGAAGUGGUACUACGACACCGAAUACGGAGGGUGUUCACGAUUUUGGUACGGGGGUUGCGAGGGUAACGAAAAUCGCUUCAAGAGUCAAGAAGAGUGUAAGCAGGUCUGCGUUGAACCCAAAGGACGAGAUGCUUGCUUCUUGCCUAAAAUUUCUGGACCGUGCGAGGGUUACCACCCGACGUGGUAUUACGAUUCGGAAAGAAAACAGUGCGGUCAAUUCAUCUACUCGGGAUGCAACGGAAACGCUAAUAAAUUCAAAACGAUCGAAGAAUGUGAAGAACUUUGCGUUUUGCCCGACGAGAUCGACGGUUGCGAGCAACCCAAAGAAUCGGGACCGUGCGAGGGUAACUUCACAAGAUGGUAUUUCAAUAAAGAGAGUAGUAGAUGUGAAGAAUUUAAUUACGGUGGUUGUAAAUCGAACAAAAAUAAUUUCCCAACCGAGAUAUCUUGCCAGCAACAAUGUUUGCCACCUGGUCGCAGUCGCGUACAAGAUGAGUGCGCUCUGGAGAAAGAUCCGGGGCCAUGUCCCGGUUCUUCGCUACGCUGGUACUAUGAUUCCAAGCGUAAAUCUUGUAGGCAAUUUGUUUACGGCGGUUGUAAAGGCAAUGGCAAUAAAUUCCGAACAUACGCUGCUUGCGAGCAGCGCUGCCCCGUUAGAGAACAAGACAUUUGUCUUCUGCCCGCGAUUAUUGGCGAUUGUCACAACUGGACUCAACGUUGGUAUUACGACGCUUACGAAAAACAAUGCAGACAAUUCUAUUGGGGAGGUUGCGGCGGAAACGGAAAUAAUUUCCAAACAGAAUACGACUGCAUGCACAGAUGCACAGCUUUAUCCGUUACGGAACCGACCCCGGUCGAGGAAUUCAGAACUGAAUUCUGCUUCCAACCCGAGGACAACAGAAUAUGUGCCGAACAAUCGAUCAAAUGGUUCUAUGACGCCGGUCAAGGUAUCUGCAAGCAAUUCCGAUACGGUGGCUGCUCGAGCAGCGGUAAUAAAUUCGCUACCGUCGAAGAGUGCGAAUACCGAUGUGGCAAUGUACAAGAUCUUUGCGAUCUUCCGCCGAUUCCUGGUCCUUGCGGGGCGGCUACAAGACGAUUCUACUACGACAGAUCGAGAGAUUCUUGCCUCGAAUUUGACUACGGCGGAUGUCAAGGGAACAAGAAUAACUUCGAGGACAGAAGUUCCUGCGAGCAAAGAUGCAAAGGGAUCAACGCUACCGCGAUCGCGACCACAUUAGCCCCCGUACCGGUCACCGUGCUAACUCUAACUACCCCUAAACCGCGCGAUCGAAUUCCGGCCGUCAGUCCGACGUGUUCCGCACCGUUGGACGCGGGUAAUUGUGACGCGGAUAUCACCGCGUACUGGUACAACCCUGAAGAGCGAAUUUGUCAAGCAUUUAUUUACGGGGGUUGUGACGGUAACGCCAAUAGAUUCCAAACCGAAGAACAGUGCGAACGACUCUGCGGAAGCUUUGUCGGCCAAGACGUUUGUAAUCUUCGAGUGGAUACAGGACCUUGCCGCGGAGCAUUCCCCAAAUAUUAUUACGAUUAUGUAACGCGAACAUGUCGCGAAUUCUUGUACGGCGGAUGCGACGGUAACGCGAACAGAUUCUCAACAAUCUCCGAAUGUGAAUCCAUUUGUAUUCACCGAGAGGAACCACCUGUCAGUGGAAACGGUACCGCCAUAUCAAACUUAGCGACCUGCAGGGAGCCAGUGGAUGUUGGAUCCUGUUCAACGGGAGAGUACAUACGUUUCUACUACGACGACGACCGCUUAACUUGUCUUGCAUUCAUCUACACCGGUUGUGGUGGAAAUCGUAACAGAUUCAAGACUUUUAACUCUUGCAUUAAAACUUGCUCUCCGACGAUAAACGAGGUGGACGUAGGACCGGGACCAGAUUCCAAAGACCCAUGCCGAGACGCUCGGGUGGAAUGCGAAACGAUUCGUUGUCCCUACGGAAAAGAAGAGUACGUGGAUAGCGAUGAUUGUCAGCGUUGUCGUUGCGCGGAUCCUUGCAGCACGGAAAGAUGUCCGGAAGGAACCAGAUGUGCGAUUACUUUGACCGUUGAGAGAGGCACGAAUAUAUAUAAGGGAAUUUGCAGACCAACCACAAAACCAGGAAAUUGUCCAAGUGUACUGAACAGUACAACGUGCGAGGAAGAAUGUAGUUCGGAUGCCGAUUGCCCCGAAGAUUACAAAUGCUGUUCGAACGGCUGUGGAACAUCGUGUCUACAACCAGCUCCAACGGAACCUGUUACCACAACAUUCGAACCAGUUACUGUACUUGACGCCGAGCCUGUGCCAGCCAGUGUUAAAGAACCAGAAAAUUCAAGGCCUAGUGCCCCAGAGGGUGGAUACGUUAUUCUUCAGUGUAUCACAUCUGGUAAUCCGCGACCAAUUAUCUCGUGGAGGAAAGGCGUUUCAUUGAUCGACAACUCGUUGAGCAGGUACAGUAUCGGAUCAGACGGUGCUUUACAGAUCGUUGGUCUCUAUAGAUCGGACGCAGGAAUUUAUACUUGCACAGCAACGAAUCGUCUGGCUGCACCAGUCAGGAUACAAUACGUACUAGAAAUCACUGCGCCUGUCGAGCAUACCUCAGCUAUCCUUGGUGCGAUAGACUACCGUGUUACUGUGACAUUAAAUUCACCGGCGGUUCUGCCGUGCUACGCAUGGGGUUGGCCAAGACCUUCCGUGACCUGGUGGCACGGAGACCAAAUAUUACCCUUGAACGACCCCAACCGCGAACUGCAGCGUGACCAUUCUUUGAUGAUUCAUAGAGUGUCGUUGACACACCUUGGAGUUUAUACUUGUCAAGCAUAUAACGGAAUACGGAAACCAGCCUCGUGGUCGGUUACCUUACAAGCACCGGGUCCGGUGUACAAUAUAAGUCCGGAGAAUCUAAAGUACGCCAAAUACCUUAUCUCACCCCCGAGCCGACCAGGCCCUACUAGACCGCAUCAAAGACCACCAGUUCCUGAAACUCAGACUUACGCACCUUAUCCGAACGAAAGACCUAACAGAAUUACUGCAAGGCCCGUAACUAAUCCUUCUCACGUAAUCGUUAUACCUGGGAGAUUCAGAGUACCAUUAAAAGUAACGGUACCAGAAGCUACGGAACCGUAUCCCGUGGGAAGCGAAUUCACAAUACCUUGCAAUGUCGAUAGUUGGUUAAAACCCACGGUAGUUUGGUUCAAGGAUGACAUUCCUAUCCAAACGAAUGACAGGAUCAAAAUUUCCGACGCUAACAGGCUAAUCAUUUCCGAUGCGGAAAAAACCGAUUCGGGAACUUACCGCUGCGAGGCAACAACUCAGGAUCAAACAGCCUCAGGCUCUGUAAACAUCACAGUUGAGGGAAUCUACAUCCAUCCGAAUUGCCAAGACAAUUUAUUCCUGGCAAGAUGUGAUCUGAUUGUGAAAGCGAAAUACUGUCAGCACACUUACUACGCUAAAUUCUGUUGUCGAUCGUGUACGGAGGCUGGUCAAUUACCGGCAAGAGGACCACACAUUAACGAUACCAGAAGAAGGAGGAGAUCGCCUUCUUUCUUAUCUCUCUUCUAAUCUAAACAAACAAGAAAAUAGAAUCGAUUUUUUUUUUUCUGUUAAUUUCGCUUCGAUAAGUGGGAUACAAGAAGUAUUCAUACAAUAGAAUGCAUUUUGAUCGAACACAACGCAACAGAUAAUUUACACCUUUACGAACGCGUGGAACCACAUUAUAAUCCUGAUCGUUUGGUCCCGUCAAAAAAAAAUACCGAUAUACAUACGUAUUGCAGAAUUACACCAAAAAUCUCUCAACGUCCUCAUCACCGUGUACAUAUUUUUAUAGGUGAUGGAAUUUAUUUCACGAUUAUAGAUGAAAAAAAAGUUGCCAUGACAUACAAAACCGAAUGAAUUAUAGUACUUUAUACAAUAAAAGAAAAAGAAAGAAAGAAAGAAAAAAGGAAAAAAUCGUACGUCUCCUAUACCCGAUCUGUUUUCCAUCUUAUUGCUAUCAGAUGGUAAAAAUCGAGUGGAAUGUGUCAGUAAAAUAUAGCAAACUUGACAAGGAAAUAUAUUUAAAAAACAAUACGUAUCCCACCUAUUGAACGUUUACGAGAAAUCGAAUGUCGUUCACUGCCAAAGCCUUAGAACGUUUAUACAUAGAUCUAUAUAUUCGAGUUGAAAAUACCAACGAGGUAAAAUAUUUGAUUAGAAAUCUUAAAACUACAUAAUAACGAUAAUAAUAAUUAUAAUAAUAGAUAUAAUAAUAGAAAUAACGAUGAUAAAAUUCAAUUGAAUAAAAAUUUAUACGAUAUUGUUAUCAGAUGUAUUUGAAUAAUGGAUAUUUUCACAUAAUAUCCGUCGAUCCGAUGCAUCAAAUUAUUAUCCGUGUAUACACGAUCUGACGCUGAACCCUAGUCCGUUGGAGUCACAUUAUUUUGUGAAUCGUAAUUCAACACGACGAUUAAAAAGUCUUGUUGGUAGAAAUGAAAGAAGAGAAAGAAAAAAAAAAAAAGAUGUGAAUUGACGAAUAAAUAAAUUAAUGAAACACAAUGAAAAGAGAUUCAAUAGAUCCUGAGAACGCAUUGAUCGUCGCACGUAUAAGUAUGACAGAUUCGAUCUAAGGCAAUGUCAGAUAACUUUCAAUCCCAGUGUACCGAGUGCGAGAUUUACACCAAUAGUCGUUUGAUCGCAAAAUACAUUUAUAGUAUAGCAGAAAAAAAGGAAAAAUAUGAAAGAAUUUAUCAUAAUAAUGUUGGAUUGUAAAAUAUAGUCACAAUAUGACGUUCGUAGUUUUCAAGUGAACAUCUUACGAACCCAUCAACUCACUAAUACUCGAUAUUAUUAUGUACGAAAAAAAAAAACAACAAAAAUACAAUAAAAAAUUAUAGUUAUAACCAUACAAACGUCAAACUUUUCAACAUAUUAAACCCUAAAGGUACAAGUUAAACUCUACUACACUUCAGGGGUUCUUUUAAAAUUCUCCAAGAUUCUUCAAAUGAUUUGAAAAAAUGUUUGAAUUGAAAAUUAAUUGGAACGUAACACUUCUGAAGCGUAGAAAUGUUUGACACUUUAAAUGUACAGUUAUUUUUUCAUAUCUUGUGUACCAGGUUGAAUAUGUUUAAUGUUUAAACGUCACUCUGGCUUUCCAUUGAAACACGUUGCAUUUACAAUACUUGUUCCUGAAAUAUUAACGGUAAAUAGUUUGAUUUAGAUUUAAAUAUUAUACAAUUACCCAAAACUACUAUAUCUUCACCUUGAACAUUAUCUAUAAUAGUUCACAUUUUUAGAAAGUUACGAAGUGAGUAAUGAUAAUGAUAAUAAUUAUAAUAAUGAUAAUAAUAUAUUAAAAGGUACCAAAAGCAUUUAUCUAAAUAUAAUAUACUUAAUUAAUUGUUGUAAUUACGAAAGAAAAAAAAAAAAAAGAAAAAGAACUAAGUAAAAAAAACCCUGUCAAAUUUCUCUCUUCAAUAUUUGGAGCUUAUGAUAUACGAAGGAAUGAGUCAAUACCUGCGGCGUGAAUUUCAAAAGCUCAUUCCUUUGUAUAGCCUUAUCGGCUUUAUUGGAGCGAAAUACGGUGCCUUAUAAGGAAUAAGCUGAGAGUAUUUUGCGUAAGAUGAAAAUGGAAUGCUGGAGAAAAAUUUUACUUCUACUGUUCGAGCUGUCUUGUAUAAUAUCACUACCGAACAAAAAAAAAAAAAGGUUUAUAAAAUAAAUUUAUUUCAAAGUAAAAAAUUCGUCACAUCGAUUUUUCUCCAUACACAUCCCGCAUUUUUACUCUCAGAAUAACGGAAAGAAGCAAAAGAGAGAAGAAAAGUUGA